AUGAAUAAAACACAAAAAAUCUCACUUUCCCCUCCAACUCUCUCAGAGCUAGCCGAGAAGCUUCAAGGCUCCCUCAGCGCCAACUAUGAACGUUCUUCUGUCACCGUGGUCCCCUGCCCAGACCUUCGUGAGCCACCUUUCCUGCUCGCGCACGAGGGUCUUUCGGGCGAUGAGAAAGUCGCGGACGUCGGUGGCCAGACACACCUGUAUCCGCGGCCGAUGAGGGAUAAGACCUAUGCACUAAUCUCAAUUAGUAGGGAAAUGGAAAUUGAGGUUGGCGAAUCCCAUGAGCAGGUAAUGAUCAUCGGCGCGGGAGCAGGAUCGUCUGAUAUUGUUGGUCAGAACUGUGAGAUGGCCAUCAAUUUCGGAUGGCGCUAUGGUGGUGGUGGUGGUGGUGGUGUACCGCAAGGGUCAUGGCGUCAUAACGGUGGGCGUUAUGUUAAGAUUGAGUCUGGGACUGACUCUGUGCUUUUGGAGAAGACGGAUUCUGCGAGAUGGUGGUUUGGGUUGAUGGGGAAUCUUUUUGCCUCGGAUGGGGGGCCCGGGGAUGUACUCAAGAUUACUGCCCGCAAACGUGUUGGGGAAGAGGGGAGUUUUACAGAGUGUAUUCGAAAGGCACUCCAUGCCGCCUAUGGAGAUUCUCAGAUCGUCAGUCUUGGUGGUGUGUUCGUGAUUAAAUCUGGGAAAGCGCGAUAUCAUAUCAUGCCUGAUUUUCCACCAGAAGAACUGCCAUUUCGAGACAGGCAACGGUUCAAUGACUGGUUGACGUACCACGAUUUCAAGGGGCCGAUGACUUGUUUAACGGUAUUGCAUUCUGUUGACCCGGACAAAAAGUUGGGGUUACGGAUGGAGCAUACACAUGCGUUCUCAACGGUGGGUGAGAAUGCAGGUGGGCAUUAUCAUUACGAUGUUGAGGAGGAGAAGGAGGAGAUUGAGUAUGAGGGUUAUUUUAAUACGGCCAAGGCGUUAUAUCGAAUUGAUAAGCCUGAAUUCAGCUUGGAGCAGGUUUUACAAAAGUAA